AAUCAUAUUAUAUUCAUUAUCAUUACUUUCAUGAAAAAUUUUCUUUUCACUAAAUUCUUUAGUAUUAUUGUAAAUAUUUUUCAAAAAUGUCUUAUUUGUUAAAUUUCACAAAUGACACUGCCAAAACUAUUUUAAUUGACAUUAUUAAGACUGUAAAUCAACCAGAUAAUUCUAAAAAAUUGUCAGAAGCUAAAGCAUCGGCUGGGAAGGAAAUGAUUUUAAUGAUGCAAUAUGUAUUUCCAUUAGUAAUGCAAAUUCAAAUGGAAGUUAUUAAACAACAUGGGUUUCCAGGGAAUCGUGAGGGAUUGGUACAAUUUUCACAAUUAAUUCGAGAAAUAGAGCGAGAAAACUCAGAGAUUGCAAGAUUACGAAGUCAAAUCCGUGCCAUUUAUUUGCCACCAAUUGCAGUUAAUACCACUAAUGAUGUUUUGAUUUAAAUUUCAUUUACAUAAAUUUAUGCAUAAUUAGGUUAAGUGCAACAAACAUUUUUUUUAAUGUUUUCAUAACAAAUUUUAUGCUAAAAAACACUUAAAUAUUUAAAUUUGUAAGUUACAAAAAUGUAGUUUAAUCGAAUAAUUCUGUACUUUAUAAUUUGUUUUAAGAGUUUUUUUUUUUAGAAAAUAAGAAAUUUAAAAAAAUGUGAAA